GCGCCUCGCUGGGCGGGACCUAUGGUGGCUGAAGCUAAUCGUGUGUCAACACUUUAUUCCGGAUUAAACUUGUGGAUCUUCACAAAGUGUGAGCGGCUCGUGUUCCAGGUACGUGCUGCUCCAGGUGACUUACAGCUGCUGGGUCCACCGACACCUCGACGAGUCAGCUAACUAACUAGAUAUUGAUUUCCGGUCUUUGCUGUCGUCUGAUGGGCUCAUGAGAACAUCGAAGAGACAAGAGUCAGUUCCUGAACCAUCAUGGCCGUUGUUGAGGAGCAGCCUGAGAAACACUGCUGGGUGUGUUUUGCCACAGAGAGGGACGACCACAGUGCGGAGUGGGUGAGUCCCUGCAGGUGUAAAGGCUGCACCAAAUGGAUCCAUCAGUCGUGUCUGCAGCGCUGGCUGGACGAGAAGCAAAGAGGCAACAGUGGAGGAGCAGUCAGCUGUCCGCAGUGUGGCACCGAAUACCACGUUGUCUUCCCCAAGAUGGGCCCCUUAGUGUAUUUCCUGCAGCAGGUGGACAAAGCUCUGUCACGAGUCAGUCCCUUCGCAGCUGUCGGGGUGGUUGUCGGGACGGUGUACUGGUCAGCCGUCACAUACGGAGCUGUGACCGUCAUGCAGGUUGUGGGUCAUAAGAAGGGGCUGUAUGUGAUGGAGCGGGCUGACCCGCUCUUCCUGUUGAUGGGUCUGCCCACCAUCCCUGUGGUGUUGGUCCUGGGAAAGAUGAUCCGCUGGGACGAAUAUUUACUUCGGCUGUGGCACAAACGCCACCUUCCUCCAGGUCACAACCGUUAUCUGCCUCGUCUGCCUAACGACGGACCCGGUGCAGGAGAUCAUCUCUCCGUGUCCAGGACUCUGUGCGGAGCGCUCAUCUUUCCCUCCAUCGCCAGUCUGGUGGGGAGGGUUCUGUUUCGACGGGUGUCAUCGAAUCUGCAGAGAACGAUGCUGGGGGGCCUCGUGUUCGUGUUGCUUAAAGGAGCGUUGAAGGUGUAUUUCAAACAGCAGCAGUACAUCGUCCAGGCCAACAGAAACAUCCUCAACUACCCCGAGAGAAACGGAAAUGGACAGAACGAAGGUGGCGAGGACACAGAGGAGAGUGGAAACGAGUAGUUUGACUUGUUUGGAUACAGAAGCUGGAGUCUAUGUCAGAGAGGAUUUUAUAAAAAAACAAAUGUAUUUUUAUCGUGACAAAGCAGAACUCAGGAGACUAGUUUUGGCAGCAGUGGCAGUGGACGUCUCGUAAUUCACUGACGUCCAGUAUAAAGUCUGAUGACGGUUCCCAACACUAAAUCCAGUUUAUGGCUCAUUUGACAAAAAAUUAGAAAUGGCCUCCUCUCUUUUUCAAGAUAUUUGAAUCCUUAGUUUGGCUCUAAAUGUCCUGAAUGUAGAAAAACUGUUGGUGCUGCUGUUUGCAAACAAUCAAUUUACCCUCAGUGCCUCUUAUUAUCGUAACUGACUUAGUUGGAACGCUGAUGCACGUGCAGGUGAAUCAGUUCUACCUGAGAGACAGCUCUGUUAACACAAGUCAGACCUGCUGAAUCACAGGUGUUUGCAGAAUGAAGGUUUGGGUGUUAUAGGGACGCAGUCGUAGCGUUUCAUAGUUUUAUUGCACAGAUUAAUCAGAGUGUGUUUAUUUAUUGGUCUCAUGUUGCACUUCCUCUUGAUGCUCAGUUAAAGCAGAGUUCAGACCAGAUGACAAAGGAGAUUUAAAACACUGAUUCAAUAAUAUAUUUACAUUUGUUUGGAAUUUGAUUCUCGGUCUGGAGUUCUCCAUGUUCUUGAAAAGAGAUUUUCUCUUUUAAAGUAAACGUGUAAUUCAUGUUUGAGUAUUCUUCAGUUGAGGUAAAUAAAGCAGCUCCUGGACCAGAAGGUCGAGAAACUAUCGAUCGUCUUUGCUUUUGCCAAAUGAAAAAUCUCUGGCUGAUUGAUGCCGUGUCUUUGCAGGAGUGAGUUAAACUGAGCUCAUAUUUUAUGUCUUGGAGAAUAAUUUGUCUAAUAAAUCUCUCUGGAAAACCAAC